AUGGAAGCCUCCCGACCUAUCGUCCACGAGAUAGCAGAGACAACCAACAUAGAGGCCAUCAUCGAUAGGAAGCUGGAGCAGAUGUUCUUAGGACUGAACCUGGAGAUAGCAACCCUGCGAGCAGAGCUGGCAGCACACCACCGACCCAGGAGAGAUGCCCUGCAACUACACCUCGGGAAACGAGGGGGGCCUUCACUAGAAGCGGCCAGUGAUCCCAGCCCAACGACGCGCCGCUUGUUCAUCACGGAUCAGGACUCCAAGUUGCAGUUCCUGGUCGACACUGGAGCAGAUCUGUGCGUCUUCCCACGCAGCGCAGUCACUGGCAGACGAGAGAAGUCCGACUAUGUCCUUUCAGCAGCCAAUGGGACACCCAUCGCCACGUAUGGUACAACCACCCUCACGCUAAACCUAGGACUACGCCGAGAUUUCACAUGGAGGUUCGUCAUAGCAGACGUAUCAAAACCCAUCAUCGGCGUCGACUUCUUGAAUUUCUACAACCUGCUAGGGGACGUGAGGAACCGAAGACUUUUGGACGGAACCAUCCAACUCACUACCCAAGGAGAAGUGGCUGAGUGCUCCAUCCCAGAAGUCAAGACUGUCAACGGAUCCUCCAGGUAUCAUGAUCUACUAACGCAUUUUCCAGAGAUCACCAGACCUGCAGGAGCCCCAGGACGUAUCAGGCACAACACGAGGCAUCACAUCAAGACGAUGCCCGGACCACCAGUAGCUUCGAGACCACGACGUUUGGCACCAGAAAAGUACAAGGCAGCCAAAAAGGAGUUCGAAGCCAUGCUACGACUAGGAAUCGCCCGUCCAUCCAAGAGUCCAUGGUCAUCCCCACUGCAUCUCGCACCAAAGAAGGGUUCUGAAGAAUGGAGACCGUGUGGAGACUACCGUGCCCUAAACGCCCGGACUGUCCCCGAUCAGUAUCCCGUGAGACACAUCCAGGACUACGCCCACAUCCUCCAGGGGAAGAAAAUUUUCUCAACCCUCGAUCUAGUGAGGGCAUACAACCAGAUUCCCCUGGCCGAAGAAGAUGUUCCCAAGACCGCCAUCACAACGCCAUUUGGACUGUUCGAGUUCCCAGUCAUGACGUUUGGACUACGGAACGCAGCACAGACUUUCCAAAGUUACAUUGAGGACGUACUGAUCGCCUCAUCGUCGGAAGAAGAACACAUGAAACAUCUUCGGAUCAUCUUCGAGAGGUUCCGCAACUACUCCAUCGUCCUCAACCCAGCCAAGUGUAUCUUUGGAGAACCAGAAGUAAAGUUCCUUGGUUACCUCGUCUCUACCGAUGGAACAAGACCACUGCCAGACAGAAUCCAAGACAUACUGGGGUACAGUCAACCAACAACCGCCAAAGACCUUCGAAGAUUCCUGGGUAUGAUAAACUUCUAUCGUCGUUUCAUACCCCGAGCAUCACAGACACUUGCACCUCUCCACGACCUGCUCGUGCCAAAACUGAAAGGAAAGGCGAAGAUCUCAUGGACCCCAGAAGCCACUGCAGCCUUUGAAGAAGUGAAGAAGAUGCUAGCUUCAGCCACCUUGCUUGCGCAUCCCAAGGACGCCGCUCCUCUAGCCUUAGUAACCGACGCGUCAGACACUGCAGUAGGAGCUACUCUACAACAGUUGGUCAACAGCGAAUGGCAACCACUGGCAUUCUUCUCCAAGAAACUGUCACCACCAGAGACUCGUUAUGGAGCAUACGACCGUGAACUGCUAGCCAUCUACCUAGCCAUCAAACACUUCAGACACAUGGUAGAGGCCCGAAACUUUACCAUUUUCACGGAUCAGAAGCCAUUGACGUAUGCCUUCAAGCAGAAGCCAGAGAAGUGCUCGCCCAGACAGUUCCGCCAUCUGGAUUAUAUAUCGCAAUUCUCCACCGACAUACGCUACGUACCAGGAUUGCAGAAUAUCGUCGCUGAUGCCCUUUCAAGAGUAGACGAAGUGACUCCAACCUUGGACUAUGCAGCAUUGGCCACAUCGCAAGAAGAUGACGACGAACUGCAGAGAUAUCUUCAAGGUGACACAGGAUUGCUGCUACGGAAGAUGAAACCACAUGGGUCAGAAAUCGCUGUGUACUGUGAUACAUCCACACCUCAGGGAAGACAAUUCGAGUCGAGCCUGUUCAACGAAUUAAAUAAGUUGACUGGCACGAAUCACAUCCGAACUACCGCCUAUCACCCAGCAGCAAACGGCAUGGUGGAGAGAAUCCAUCGACAACUUAAGGCAGCAAUUAAAUGCCACAAGAACGACCGAUGGACCGAAACACUCCCAACCGUCCUCCUCGGAAUGCGAGCAGCCUGGCGAGAAGACCUAAAAGCAACGUCUGCAGAACUAGUAUAUGGAGAGCCACUCAGAUUGCCUGGAGAGUUCCUGGAUUCCAGAAGUACGGAUGACAGCGAGAACACAUCCGACUUCAUAGUGAACCUAAAGCAACAAAUGCGAGAAAUAAGGCCCACUGACGGAAGCCACCACGUAGAGCGGACCAGCUUUAUAUUCAAGGACUUGGUAACUUCACCUUACGUGUUCGUCCGGCAUGAUGGCCCGAAGAAAGGCCUGCAAAACCCCUACGACGGACCAUACGAAGUGUUGAGUCGAAGUCCAAAACACUUCGUAAUAAAAAUAAACGGCAAGGAAACGACAGUGACAAUCGACAGGUUAAAACCAGCCUACGUCAUCGCGGACGACGAUAUGAAGAACCAGCCAAUGCAAGAACACCCUGUAGAACCCGAUAGAGAAGAUCAAACUACAGCCCAGGAAAGAACAACUACUAGAUCCGGCAGAAGAGUUCAUUUUCCCAAGAGAUUUCUACAAUAUGUUUCGUAA